UUGAAGCCGCGCGGCUCCGCGGCCGCCGCCGCUCCUCUUUGUCGCCCGCCCGCUCGCUCCCUGCGGCAGCUGUGCGCCCGUGGCGUUGACUGCUACGGCGCGGGGCGGUGACGAGACGGACUGUGGCGCAGCUCGAGCCGUGUGCGCUGCUCGUGGCAGUCUCCCUGCGACACACUCCGAGCCGUGGACUUCGUCUCUCUCCGUGGACUUCUCUCUCCGCCCGUGCAGAGUCCGUGGCGGUCUCUCCGUGCGGAGUCUCCCAGUGGGAGUCGACCCGUGGGAGGCUUCUGGACCGUGGCAGCCUCCACCCCGUGGACGCCCGACCCCUGCGAGCAGCAGAGCGAACGGUCGCGUCGACCCACCGGCAUCAAGGGGCCGUUGGCACGGGACGGCCGCAACGGCGACGGCGUUGAACGGCGAGACACCUUGACCAGCCAGGCUCCCUCGCUCGCUCGCCUGCUCUCUCUCCCCAAGACACCUUGACCAGCCAGGCUCCCUCGCCCGCUCGCUCGCCCCGAGACACCUUCAUCAGCCAGGCUUCAUCGCUCGCUCGCCCCGAGACACCUUGACCAGCCAGGCUCCCUCGCCCGCUCGCCUGCUCUCUCCCCCCAAGACACCUUGAUCAGCCAGGCUCCCUCGCCCGCUCGCCUGCUCUCUCCCCCCGAGACACCUUGACCAGCCAGGCUCCCUCGCCCGCUCGCUCGCCCCGAGACACCUUCAUCAGCCAGGCUUCAUCGCUCGCUCGCCCCGAGACACCUUGACCAGCCAGGCUCCCUCGCCCGCUCGCCUGCUCUCUCCCCCCAAGACACCUUGAUCAGCCAGGCUCCCUCGCCCGCUCGCCUGCUCUCUCCCCCCGAGACACCUUGACCAGCCAGGCUCCCUCGCCCGCUCGCCCGCUCGCUCUCCCGGGAGCCAUGCUCGCUCGUCGUGAUGCGCCCAGCUCGGGGCUGGUGCCGGAGAUGCGCACGCCCAUUCGCACGGAGCCCUUCUCUUCGGCGUACUCCCUCACCGGCCGGGAGCUCGGCAGGGGGAAGUUUGCGGUGGUCCGCAUGUGCGUGGAGCUGGCGACGGGGCGCCAGUUCGCUGCCAAGUUCGUGCGCAAACGCCGCAAGGGGCAGGACUGCCGGGCAGAGGGCGUGCACGAGGUGGCCGUGCUGGAGAUGGCGCUCGACAGCCCCCACAUCAUCCGCCUGCACGACGUCUACGAGACGCCCGCCGACAUCGUCAUCGUGCUCGAGUACGCGGCAGGUGGGGAGAUCUUCCAGCAGUGCGUGGCGGAGGAGGGCGACGGCGCCUUCACGGAGAGUGACGUGGUGCGGCUCAUGCGCCAGGUGCUGGACGGCAUCGCCUUCCUGCACCGCCACAACGUGGUGCACCUUGACCUCAAGCCGCAGAACAUCUUGCUGACGAGCGCGGAACCCCUGGGCGACAUCCGCAUCGUGGACCUGGGACUGUCUCGGCGCGUGAGCAGCGCGGCGGAGCUGCGGGAGAUCAUGGGGACCCCCGAGUACGUGGCCCCAGAAAUUCUCAACUAUGACCCCAUAACGACCGCGACAGAUAUGUGGAGCAUGGGCGUGCUGGCGUACGUGAUGCUGACGGGCGAGUCCCCCUUCCUGGGAGGGGACAAUCAGGAGACCUUCCUGAACGUGUCCCAGGUGGCCGUGAGUUACGAUGAAGAGACCUUCCAGGGGAAGUCUCCCCGCGCCCGGCAUUUCAUCCAGAGCCUGCUGCUCAAGGAUCCACGGUGUCGCGCCACCGCCGAGGACUGCCUGCGCCACCCGUGGCUCCGUGACUGGGAGCCCGUGCCAGAGCCGAUCUCGGAAGCAGCAGAGCGGGACCCCGUGGACUCCUCGCCACACCAAGCGCCGCCGCCACCGCCGCCGCCGCCGCAACAGCAGCAGCAGCAUCUGCAACAACAACUGGGGUCGGGAGGUAUCGACUCGAGGCCGGCGGGGCACCGGGUGCCCCAGCCGGAGGACAAGGAGAACGUUCCGGCGGGGCGGCAGAGCUCCAAGCGGUGCAAACUGGAUGGCACGUGUGGGGGCAGCGCGCCGGACGCGCCAAAGGAGUUUGUGAUGUGAAUGUACGCCUGGGCACAAAAAAGCGGACAGAAAAUACAAACUCGCUGUUGUUGAAGAAGGUAUGCAAGCAAUUUGAAAAAAAUAUAUACGUAAUUGUUUUUCAUUGGCAGCUGCCCUUAGGCUGUUUAUAGGAACGCUGUAAAUCAUCUGGAGGAAUUCAGGCCCUCGAGUGAAUCGAUGGUAAAUUCUAACGGGUUCCACUCCAAAGCAGCGUCCAGCCGCACGGCAGGCGCAGUCGGUCACAGGGAUGCACGCGGGGUUGCUGCGAGAGUUGCAAGCGAGAGAGGCACUCGCGUGUGGCAGCCUGUGAGCAAAGUGACUCGAGGUGAGGCUGUGUUGAUGAUCCAUGCCCCGCCCGUGGGGAAGGGUGCGAUUGGCUCUGCUUGUGCCCAGCGCACAAAGUAACGUCGUGCGAUGAUCGAGCACGGUGAUUAUUUGGGGGCACAGCCUUCGCCACUCGAGACUGCCACUUUAAGGAUCGCCACUCCCAUAGUCAUUGUAGAUCCGCCCCAACUCGUCGCUGUCAUCUGGUCGGUUGGAUUUUACUCUGGCCAGGUGAGCGGCGCUGGGGCGGUGAGGUGGCUCAAUGGGAGCGUAUUCACGGUGUGAUACGCGCCGUCUGCUUCACAGCGGACGUUAAAGAUCCUGUGACGUCAUUCGAAAAGACUCGGCCAUCGUGCGCCGGCUUCAUUGUCAAAAUGUACCGAAUUAAUUUAAUUUGGAAAGUAAUUGUUGCCCAUUACUGCAAAAACGUAGCAAGACACUUCUGAAAAAUUAUUUAAACCCAUUGAGCUUUUCCAGGGCAAGCUCAUAUCAUAUUUAUAUUAACAGGAGUACAGUUGUAACACCUAUAUGCAGAGGUGUGGACUCGAGUCAUGUGACUUGGACUCGAGUCAGACUCGAGUCAUGAAUUUGAUGACUUCAGACUCGACUUGGACUUGCAUAACAAUGACUUUGUCCCACCUCUGAGGUGUGGACUCGAGUCAUGUGACUUGGACUCGAGUCAGACUCGAGUCAUGAAUUUGAUGACUUCAGACUCGACUUGGACUUGCAUAACAAUGACUUUGUCCCACCUCUGCCUAUAUGUGACAGCUUCUCAAGCCUCUCUGAACAUUCGGGUUUUUUAAUAGACAGAAGCAGGCAAUCAUCGGGUGAACAAAAACAGGUCUCUUAACGUGGUGGUAUGUAGAUGCCACGUAAAUCCAAGUGAGGAUGAGAUAUCAAUAAUGAGGCCACUUGGGCCUGGUCAUUCUGAGCCUGUACUUAAUGUCCAUAUGGCCCUUGGGAAGGAACCACUAUCGCACACAGGCGGUGCAUGACAAGUAGCCAUGGAGUUACCCGGUAGCCAAGCCAUAGUAUUACUCUUGGAGCUCUUGGCCUUGCUCUCAGCAAAGCAGACAACGCUGCAGCCCGCUCACGUUUGUGCACGGCCACAGGUUGCAGAAUUCCCGUACGAGUCACGGCGGAUUGGAGUUGUCGCCUGACGUCCUAUGAGCUCUGUGCGCGCUGUGGCUCGAAGAACGCGGAGUCCCAGACAUAACAAAGCCAAUGUAAAAUGGUCAUUGCAUCCUGGGUGUCAGUGCCAGGAUAAUCGAGUCCAGUGCCACCAGCAUGGAUGCUGCCGUGACGUGGUGGUGAGCGCACUGGGGGCGCUGGUUACAUCUCCAGGUGCUGCGAGUUGAAAGCGGGCUUUGUUAAAUCCCCCUUCCUCUGUCCACUCAGCCGUAUAAACGGGUACAACCACACCGAGUCGAUCGGCAGGUUUGUGUGUGAUGUGUAUACUCCCACUUCUUCCAAGCUAUUGGGCCAGUGUGUGGUAGAGUAGGCCAAAUACCCACUUAUUGGAGCUCCCUCCAGUCCUCUGGAGUGAAGGGCCUUGCACCUGCAAUGACAUGAGCAGGGCAAUGCAGGGCUGCACCAUUACCUUUCACCACCAGCAUAAUUUGAAUUAAAUAUUUUCUUUUUGCACAGGAACUUUUUGCCAAAGUAUACGGCAGGAGCGAAGGGAAAUGACACUGGUGUCUACAAUUUCCAUGCCAUUCGAAAAACGCAAAUGUUUUUUAUUGAAAAUAUAACGGCCGCGUUUGAGCACGGUAGAUGCGCCGGGAGGCGUCGUGGCCACGCCGCUCGUGCUGUCAGGUUCCCGCGUGCCUGCGUCACGUUCCGUCUCUUAAUAAUACGUCCACUCCUUAAUGCUCGAAUUCACAGUGUUGCAAAAACUAGCCAAGCGUUCCGUGAGUACAUGCAAGUCAUUUAAUUGCUAUUUAAUGUUUAAUGUUCGAUAAAAUAUGCAAGAAAAUACUGUCGUAAAUGUCUUCCGAUGUUUUAAUAAGUCGUGCCGUGGUCGUUGAUGUUCUCGAGUGCCGCUUGUUUUAUGUGUACGAAUGCGCGAGGACGUGCGGGUUAAUCCGUUGCGUGCUCAUUCCAGAAACACUUCAUUUGCAUUCUCUGCAACGGUGCCUCUUAUGCUCAGACGAUUUGCACGAACCAUGAUAUAAAAUAGUCUGCUUACAGGAACAAAUUGCUUGCGGAGGUGGCACGCUGUGUGUUUUUAUCUGCGUUCAUUAACGUGGCAAGGUCUCGUUGCAGGGUAGCUAAAGUCAUUCACGUUUAGCGUUGUGCCAGGCAGAGAGGCUGGUGCGUCAGAGCAGGUGCUUUCUUCACGAUUGGUGCUCAUGGAAAUGUGGACGGGCUCGGCAGUUAUUUUUGGGCUGGGCAGAUAUUUUUUUUACAUUCCAAAACAACUGAUUUUAUUCGUGGAAUAGCAAUGGAUUUUCAAAGGUUUUCUAUGGACAAUUGGGAGAUAAUUCAUACUGGACCCAGCGAGACAUCUCUCUCUUUGUGUUUCCCUGCCUUUAGAGGCUGUAUCCUCAUUUACGGGUCCUACCUGCAUUGGAUUUUCCCAGGAUUGUCUUCUUUUUUUGACGGCUGUUGCUGUCUUGGGAAAUCUAGAAGUCUUCCUGGGAUAUUGAAAGCCCCGUUGUAGCUUGUCUAAUAACGCACCCCUCGACAAUGCAUUUAUACUUACACCUGGUUUCCUCCUCAGCAGGUAUCCUUUACAUGAUAUUUCCCCGUUUUUGUGUUUCUAGUGGCAACCCCAUACCCCCUGGCUUGUUUGCAGUUUACAGGGGGAAUUAUUGUAUUCUGAUGCAGAUACAGAGAGAGAGUCCAUUCAUUGUGGACAGAGCAGCCCAGAAUCUCGGUGCUGCUGGCUUGGUGAACCAAUACGGGUCUUCGGAAGCAAGAAAGACCGCCACCCAAAGCUUCGAGGCCAGGAUCUCAGCAGGCCUGGUGUUAACCUUUGACCUGUGCCUAAGCCAAGAGUGGCGCCUCUGCAGUUGAGCAGAAUAUUUUUUAUUUGAAAGCGAUGUGCAUUAAUCGUAUGUUUUAAUAAACAUUUGUAAUUUUUUCAACAGAACCAAAAAUAGGAAUCACCUGUAACUUAUAAAGGUAUCCAAAUAUAUAUAAAUAUUGUCACAAACACACGGAUUUGUGGAUGUUGCUCCGCCGUGGUGGGUGUCCUCGUCUUUUAAUCUUUUGGACGUUUCCACAAUAAAAGAGCACGCAUGC